AUGUAUGUGAAAUGGUUUGAUACAGUAAUGUUUUACUAUGUGAUUUAAGUGAUUUUAGUGAAUGUCACUUUUUGUCAUUUUCAAAUUUCCCGCCAGUUCCGUCCCUGUACGUCCUGACACUCACAGGGCACGGAACCCAGAUGACAGAUGCUGGUAUCCGCCAGAAGAUAUUACAGGGAACACUGCAGGAGGGACAUCCCGGGAGCGCAGAACAAGGUAAGUGAUCGCAGGAUCCCGGAGCAGCGCCACAUGGUAAGCCCGAGUGUAGCUCGGGGUUACCGCUUGUGCUACACUCAGGAAUACCGCCAGGGAGGCUAC